AUGCGUAACCAGACUAGCAUUACUGAGGUUUGGAUUGUAGGACUUCAUAAUCUUCAUGAAAACAGGAUAUUCUUCUUUAUAUUCUUCCUUACUAUCUACCUUGUCAUUAUAACUGGGAAUCUGCUGGUUGUUUCUUUGGUAUUGAGUAGAAGUCACCUUCACUCGCCAAUGUACUUCUUUCUCAGUAACUUGUCCUCAUCUGAAGUCAUGUUCACCACAAAUAUUGUGCCUAAAUUCCUACAGGUUUUAUGGACAAAGGGAAGCAAAAUUUCCAUUACAGGAUGCUUUACACAGUUUUAUGUAUGUGGUUCUCUAGCAGCUACAGAAUGUUUUCUCCUCACUGUAAUGUCAUAUGACCGCUAUGUUGCUAUAUGUAGCCCACUGCACUACCACGCUCUGAUGCGCUUUUGUGUUUGUCGUCAGCUGGCAGCCUUGUGCUGGGCUGGUGGAUUUCUCUCAAUGUUAACAACUUUAAUUUUAGUAUGUAGACUUCAUUUCUGUGGUCUCUCUACAAUUAACCACUUCUUCUGUGAUUUUGCUCCAAUUCUGGAAAUGUCAUGUUCUGAUACUUCUGUGGUCAAACUAGAGACUUUUAUUUUCACAUCUUCUGUUACGCUUUUUCCUUUCUUAUUCAUUAUUGGCACGUACGUCUUUAUCAUAAUCACUAUACUUAAAAUUCCUUCUUCCAGUGGCAGACAAAAGUCAUUUUCCACCUGUAGCUCUCACUUAGCUAUUGUAUCAACAUACUAUGGUACCCUUAUUACCGUAUAUGUGGUGCCUUCCAAAGGAAACUCAAAUACUGUAAAUAAGGUUUUGUCUCUUAUGUAUACUAUGGUAACACCACUCUUUAACCCCAUUAUAUACAGCUUAAGGAAUCAAGAAAUGAAGGCAGCAAUAUUAAAAGCAAUAAAGUGCUAG